AUGGAAGAGUUGACCCUUAAGGGUGUCACUCAGUACUACGCUUUUGUCGCCGAAAAGCAGAAGGUCCACUGCUUGAACACGCUCUUUUCAAAGUUGCAGAUCAACCAGUCAAUUAUCUUCUGCAACUCGACCCAGCGAGUGGAACUUCUCGCCAAGAAAAUCACCGACCUGGGCUACUCGUGUUUCUACAUUCACGCGCGAAUGAACCAGGAGCAUCGAAACCGUGUCUUCCAUGAUUUCAGAAAGGGACUUUGCCGAAACCUCGUCUGCUCCGAUUUGUUCACUCGCGGUAUUGAUAUUCAGGCGGUGAACGUAGUCAUCAACUUCGACUUCCCGCGAAUGGCUGAAACGUACCUCCAUCGUAUUGGUCGAUCAGGACGUUACGGUCACCUCGGUCUGGCGAUCAAUCUCAUCACCUACGACGAUCGCUACAACCUCAAGCGCAUCGAGGAGCAGCUCACGACCGAUAUCAAGCCAAUUCCCCAGACGAUCGACAAGGCUCUGUACGUCGCCGAGUUCCACCAAGCCGACGGUGGCAAGGACGAAAAGGAUCAAUAA